AUGCGGCAGCGCUCGCUGGGGCAGAUCGGCCUGAACGGGCCCCAGCUGGCCCAGGCUGGGGAGUGGCGCUUCGCCGUGGGCCAGUGCCCGCAGAACGUCCAGUGGGAGCCACAUCCCCUGGCCUUCCAGAAGCCUCCCGCGGGGCACAGACCCUUCCCCGGGGAGCGGCAGUUCAUCUGCAGCGAGUGUGGGAAGAGCUUCAGCUGGUGGUCGGCCCUCACCAUCCACCAGCGCAUUCACACCGGGGAGCGGCCCCACCCGUGCCCUGAGUGCGGGCAGGGCUUCAGCCAGAAUCCCAACCUGAAACCCAGCCUGGUCCGGCACCAGCAGAACCACACGGGGGAGCGGCCCCACCGGUGUGGGGAGUGCGGGAAGGGCUUCGCCCAGAAACCCAACCUGGUCCGGCACCAGCAGAACCACACGGGGGAGCGGCCUCACCCGUGCCCUGAGUGCGGGAAGCGCUUCCGCCAGAAUCCCAGCCUGGUCCGGCACCAACAGAACCACACAGGGGAGCGGCCCCACUGGUGUGGGGAGUGCGGGAAGGGCUUCGCCAAGAAACCCAACCUGACACAGCACCAGCAGAACCACAUGGGGGAGCGGCCCCACCGGUGUGGGGAGUGCAGGAAGGGCUUCGCCCAGAAACCCAGCCUGGUCCGGCACCAGCAGAACCACACCGGGGAGCGGCCCCACCGGUGUGGGGAGUGCGGGAAAGGCUUUGCCCAAAAGCAGCACCUCCUGAAACACCAGAGUAUCCACGAAGGGGACAGAGGCCCCAGAGCGUGCAGGUUGUGA